GCGCUCAAGAAGAGGCGCGAGGAGGCACCCGCCGCCCAGGGCGGCGGCGGAGGCCGCCCCGGCAGGAGCCGGAGCAAGGAGCGCCAGGAGGAGGAUGAAGAGAGUCCGCAGAACAACCCGGAGAACGAGGAUGAGGACGACGACCGCCAGUCCGCGAAGUCCGACGGCGGCGACGCAGCGGGG